GCCAGCGCGAAACAAUACACCGACGCCCGCCCACGCCAGCCCACUGUUCGGCUAUUGGUUUUGCUUUUAAUCUUAGAGGAACGGAACCAAAAUCAACGUGAUCGAAAGUAAAUCGAAUCAGAAGACUGGUCCAUCUAAUGUUGGGAUUCCGAAGAUGGGGUGAAAAAAAUUUCGAUUGUGGCUGUCGUCGAAGUUUUCAGCUUCAAUUUCACCGAAGAACCAAUCAGCCAACAUGUCUCGGUAGUGUACGGCUAACUCAUUGACGUUCACUGUCACUUCACUGACAAUUAAUCGCGCUCAGCAUGAUGGUAGUUUGUUGUGUCGUGUGUGCAGUGUAACUGGAAAGCUGCGCUGUUAUCUUAUCAGAAACGAAACGGUUGUCCAUGCCUUUCUGCCUGUGUGCUGCAGCAGUCUGUGUAUGACUUGAGUGAAAAAGUGGAAGACAAAAUUUAACAAAUAGCAGCCUCAACAAAAUGAGCCACGUAAAUACAUCGACGCUCGAAUCGUGCGUUCCGCUGCCGUUGGAUGACGUCCUGCUCAACGAUGUGAUCGAGAAGGCGAAGGAUUGGGCUGUAAUGCACGGGGCUGCGAUGCGCUCGAAGCAAAACUUUAAUCCGGAUGCAGUGCAGUUCGCUCCGUUCGUACUAACACCGUCCUCGUUUCCGCGUGUGGAGUUUCUGAAAGCAGUCCGUCUGCAGCCGCUGUUGAAUGAGCUUAUCCAUACCGUCGCGCACGAUAGCAAGUUUUUGCUCGACACUCUUAAGUCGACGGAGCAAGUGGACGAGUUCACUCGUGAGUUGAUCGGUAUUUAUCGGAAGGUGCUGGCGGAAGGGAUUACGCAGCCGCUUAGCCUUGGGUUGCUUCGAUCGGACUUGAUGCUGGAGACAAGGUGCGACAACGAAUGCCGGGAACGACUGCGACCGUUUAACGCUUACUGCUGCUGGAAGCAGGUGGAGAUUAACACGAUCGCGUCCGGUUUCGGCCAUCUAGGACCCUCAAGCAAAUAUCUGCACAGCUACAUUCUCAACGAGCUUGGCUACCAGGAUAAAGUAGCGAAUCUACCCGAAAACAUGGCCCUGUCGGGACUAUGCGAUGCAAUGGUGGAAGCCUGGAAGCUGCAGAACUGCCCGACAUCACACAUUCUAUUCGUUGUCGAAAACGUUACGUACAACAUUUGCGAUCAGCGCCUUCACGAAUUUUACAUUCGAGAAAAGUACCCUCAUGUAGGCGUUGUCCGACGUACGCUAACUCAACUACACCAAGAGGCCACGUUGGGCCCGUCCGGUCAACUGUUGACUGACGGUCUGCGAGAAGCGAGCGUCGUGUAUUUCAGAGCAGGCUACGAACCGGGACACUAUCCGAGUGGUAACGAGUGGGCUGCUCGGCUACUGAUCGAGCGGUCGCGUGCAAUCAAGUGUCCGUCGAUUCAGUAUCACCUCGCAGGCACGAAGAAGAUUCAACAGGCCUUGGCCAAGCCAGACGUGUUACGUCGGUUCGUUAAAGAGAAAGAGAAAAUUGAAGCGAUCCGCGACAUCUUCACUGGGCUAUAUUCGCUUGAUUUCGACGAAGAGGGUGAUGCAGCGGUGCGUCUGGCACUGGAGAAUCCCGAGCGAUACGUGUUGAAACCACAGAGAGAAGGUGGUGGUAACAACGUCUACGGGACAGACAUUCCGGCUACACUCGCGGCGAUGGAGGGCGAAGAACGCUCCGCCUGGAUACUGAUGGAACGUAUUUUUCCGCCGCUUUCGACCGGCUAUAUAAUCCGCCCAAACGGACCUAACCCUCCGCCCUUGGUGCAACUAGUUUCCGAGCUCGGUAUUUUCGGCGCCAUUAUCGGAACCAAGGAUAAAGUACUGUACAACAAACAGGUAGGCCACAUGCUCCGUACGAAGCUUUCAACAGUCAACGAAGGCGGUGUGGCUGCCGGUCUCGGAGCUCUCGAUAGUCCAUAUUUGAUUGACUAAUGUAGUGGCAACGACUACGAUGAUACCCGGCGAUAAGCGAUGUGCCUUUAAAUCUAUCGAAACAUUCUAAUUCAACAAGAAUUGCGUUUACAACUUUUCUGCUACGUGGUAGGAAAACACUAAACUUCUUCAAGGUUCUGCAUUAUACGAAUAAACAAGAAAAGGAAUAA